UAAGUGGGGGGGUUUAUCAAGGCUCAAGGCCAACAAUUUGGGGAAUUUUCACUUAUAGGAGGGUAAUUCUGAGGAGGAGUGAAUUGGUUUCUUUGUUUUUAUAGCUGGAUUGGAUUGUUUUGCCAAGUUUUGACCUGAGUUGAAGGCAUUAUUGGUUGAUUUUGAGGGCUUGGGCUUGAAUUUUUCUUCUGUUUGCAAGGUGUUGGUGGUGGUGUUUGAUUCCGGGGAUUUUGUUUUUGUGGUGGGGAGUUAUUGAUUUUGUAGGGCAUAAGAUGUCAAGUGUAUCAGAAGGUGUUGUUCAAAUUGGCAAGCUAUUGGUUCAUAUUGCUGAGAAUGGACACUCAUUUGAACUUGACUGUGAUGAAUACACUCUUGUUGAGGCUGUCCAGCGGUUCCUAGAGUCAGCGUCAGGGAUUCAGUUGAAUGACCAGCUGCUUUUGUGCUUGGACAUGAAGUUGGAGUCCCAAAGGCCCCUUUCGGCUUAUAAACUCCCAUCUGAAGACCAAGAAGUGUUCUUAUUUAAUAAAGCAAGAAUACGGAGUAAUUCACAACGACCUGCACCAGAGCAAGCUGAAAUCAUUGAAAUUCAGGAUCCUCCAUCACCAUCCCCCUCACACAGUCCCCAUCCACUUGAUGAUGCUUUGGACCCUGCUCUGAAGGCCUUGCCUUCUUAUGAGAGGCAAUUUAGAUACCACUAUCAGCGUGGACACGUGAUUUACAAUCGUACUCAAGUGAGAUAUGAGGCUUGUGACAGGAUUUUGAGGGAGCUGAAGGUGCAAGAGAGGGCAUUGGAGAUUGCUGGCGGUAAUUUAGAUCAUUACUACAGAAUGAUCCUCCAAAAUUACAUGAAUUUUGUGAAGUGUUAUUCGCAGCAGCACCAGAGCCAUUCUAAUCUUCUGGUGAAUUUUGCGAAGGUUAUAGAGAAAUUGAGAUCUUGCAAACUUCUACCAGCUUUACAAACCUCUAAUCGCAAGUGUUUACUAGAUUUUGUGAAGGAAGAGAACUUGCAGAAGUUGGUGGAGGAUUGUAGCAGUUCCCACGUGCAGUUUGAGAAUAAGGUUUCAGAAUUCAAGCACGAGUUUGGAGAGCUAAAGUGCAAAGUUGAAAAUUUGUUUUCUAGCAAAGCUGCAUUUCACAUUAGGGAGUUGGAAGCAACAAUUAAGGACCACCAGCGAUAUCUCAUUGAGCAAAAGAGUAUAAUGCAGGCUUUAAGCAAAGAUGUGAAUACGGUGAAGAAACUUGUGGAUGAUUGUCUUAUCAGCCAAUUGUCCUCGUCACUCCGUCCUCAUGAUGCAGUUUCAGCCUUGGGUCCUAUGUAUGAUGGCCAUGACAAAAGUUACCUUCCCAAGAUGCAGGCCUGUGAACGUGCAAUAUUUAGUCUGCUGGAUUUCUGCAAAAACAAAAAGAAUGAAAUGAACAUCUUUGUACACAUUUACAUGCAGGAGAUAGCAUAUAGUCAGUUCACCAUCAAAGAUGUACGAUAUAAGUUUUCUGUUUUUACAGAGGCACUGAAUCGUCAGAAUGAUCAGUUUGAGCACUUAAAGGUGAUCCGGGGCAUUGGCCCUGCAUACAGAGCAUGCCUUGCUGAGGUAGUCAGAAGAAAGGCUUCAAUGAAGCUCUACAUGGGCAUGGCUGGACAAUUGGCUGAAAAGCUAGCUACAAAGAGGGAUGCUGAGGUCAGGAGACGGGAGGAGUUUCUGAAAGUACAUAGUUCAUACAUACCUCGGGAUAUCUUAGCAUCCAUGGGAUUGUACGAUACUCCUAACCAAUGUGAUGUCAAUAUAACUCCUUUUGACUCUAAUUUACUUGAUAUUGACAUAUCAGACUUGGACCGUUAUGCUCCAGAAUGUUUAGUAGGAUUGUCUUCGAAAAAUGAAAAGCAUGGAACUUCAAAAGGUUUGUAUUCCAUGUCUAAUGAUGGUUCUCAGUCGACUGAAUUUGAAGAGAAUGCUGUGGAUUCAUCUGAGAAGUAUGAUUCUGAUGACCUCGUCGAGGGUUCAGAGUUGGUUGAGAUUGCUGGAACUAGCAAGCUGGAAGUUGAGAAUGCAAAACUGAAAGCUGAACUUGCUUCUGCAAUAGCCUUGAUUUGUUCAAUAAGCCCUGAAUAUGAAUGCGAAUCACUUGAUGACAGUAAAGUGGAGAGUUUACUUAAAAAUGCUGCAGAGAAGACAGUUGAAGCCUUACAUCUGAAAGAUGAGUAUGGGAAACACCUACAAUCUAUGCUAAAGAUUAAGCAAAUGCAAUGUGAGUCAUAUGAGAAACGAAUUAAAGAAUUGGAGCAGAGGUUAUCAGAUCAGUAUUUGCAAGGGAAUAAAACUUCAGUUGAUGGUGAUACAUCUAACUUUGCCCUUCCAACUGUGAAGCCUGAUGAUAGCAAAUCAGAAAUCUCAGGUGAUGGAGAAGCCCACAUGCCUCAUGUAUCCACUGAAGCUAUGGAUGAGGUUUCGUGUGCCUCUAGUUCAUUACAUGUAAAGUUAGAGCUCUCUAAACAAAGCAAAGGAUUUGAUGAGAAUAUGACAGAUUCUUCUGGAAUGCUGAACCCUCAGUUAGAUUCAUCAAUGCUAGAACCACAUCAUGAUGAAGGGCAUCCCUGUGACAAAGAGGGGAAAGAUGGGGGCAUGGUACUGGCAACUAGUUCCAUGGCUAUGAGCAUGACUCAGCCUCUGAAUGCUUUACCUUCUGAAACAGCUGUUGAACCGGGUUUGGAUUCUAAAAUUAGUGCUGAUCUUGUGCUGGAAUUGCAGAGUGCACUUGCAGAAAAGUCAGAAUUACAUAGUGCAAUUGCAGAAAAGUCAACUCAACUGGAUGAAACAGAAACCAAACUUAAGACUCUGAUGGACGAGGUUGCCAAGCUUGGGAGGGAGCUGGAGAACAAUCGGAAGCUCCUUGAUGAAUCUCAGGUAUCAUAAGUUGAAACACAUUUCUCCCUUCUUUUCAGUUUCUGUAAAUGUAAAUUUAAAUUGAAUUGAAUCAUGCUUCUGAGAACUGUUCUCUUUCUUUUCAUUUGAGCUCCAAAUUUAUCCAUUUUUUUUUUACCAUAGCCUAGUAAGCCUGUGGAUGAUACGAGGUUAGGAGCCCCUCUGUCUGUGGUUUAUUCUCACAUGAGCUCGCUGUUGGGAUUCCUUGGGGG